CGCCUCCAAAUAUUAUCAAAAUGCUCAGCAAAGAAAAAAUGCAGAAGUUUGCACCAAAGAAGUGGCUUGAAAUUUUGACAGACAAAUUAAGGAAAGCAGCAAAAAUCUGUCUACCAAAAGAGAAAGUGUUUCAUGUUUAUGCAAAUGAAGUAGUCACUUACAGGAGCUGGUUUGACUAUGUCAUAUUGUUUGUGGUGGUACUUCAUUUCCUUUUCAUUUGUUUGAAUACCUAUCCUUCUAUUGUUGCCAGGACAAAGUGGUACUUCAUGAUAAUGAACAGUUUCUUUUUUUCUGUCUACACAGUUGAAUGCUCGCUCAGGAUUUAUGCUUUGCGGCUGGACUUUUUCAAAAGCCCAUGGAAUGUUUUUGAAGCUUUGCUGUUUUUAAAUAUGGCUAUUGACUUCAUACUGAUGAUUUCGAUUGGAAAGACUCCCGUAUCUAUUGUAUUUUCUGUUAUUGGUGCUUUUCUCCCAUUGAGAAUAUUGAGACUCCUUCGAAAACUCAACUGGUUGGAAAGUCUGAAAGUGAUUAUGAGCAAUGUGGCACUCAAAUCUGUGGCAGCUUUAAGCAGCAUCAUCUUGCUAACGUCAUUGAUAUUAUUUAUAUUUGCUGUCAUAGGUCGUGGUUUAUAUUCAGAGGUUGAUCCUGAUCGGUUUGGCAACUUAGCAAAGGCCUCAAUAACUUUAUUUCAGCUCCUGACUCUUGAUGAGUGGUACUACAUGUAUGCAGAUGUGAUUAACAAUUAUCCAAAUUAUCAACAUAUCCUGCUGUACUUGAUGCUCUUCAUAAUUCUAGAGACAUUUAUAUUUUUCAACCUGUUCAUUGCUGUGAUAGUGGACAACUUGGCUGGAGCCACUGAGAUAACUAGGAGAAAUAAAGCAUCCCACGCGCAAGGAAAGAUUGAUGUUGCACCAGACAUUUUCAGUGGUGGAAUGUUACAAGAUGAAGAUAUGAAACGGCAAACUGUUGAUGAUUAUUAUCCUCAGCUUUCCAAUAAAGACAAGCUUCUCCAUAAGCGUUACUGGCAGUUGAUUGCUUCUUUGGAACAUCAGCUGCACACAACACAUAGCCAUCAAAAAACACUAAAUGAACUAGUGGAUCUAGUUGACUUCAGCAAGAACUAAUGAAAAUAACAUUAUUAUUUUCACCAUAUAAGUCAUAUAUAAUUAUUCCAUUGCAGUUUUAAAAGA